AUGAUGGAUCAUUUGCGAAAAAUAGUCCACAGAAAUGUCUGUGUUGAGAUAACAACGCAAAACUAUGUGCACAUUGGUGACGAGUGCAGUGCUGCUACUGUGAACCAACAGAACGAUUCGCUGCUUGCGUGGCAGUACUGCAUAAAGUAUGUCGAUAUUUUACAUAUUUUUACUCGUGGUGGCUCUGAGCAGCUCAGCUUCGUAAGUGAGGUUCAGAAUCGAACGGUCUGGUGUGACUUCUUCUGGCGUGUAGGAGCAUCCCAGCAACAUCUGUAA